AUGAUUACAACUCGAAACUACAACUGGCAUCGUGUCAACCCUGGUGUUUGGCAGCGCCAUAUCGAUGAGAUCGAACAAUUCUACUCAACCAUGGUUGUUCUCUACGAAAGAAGCGGUCGCAUGUUCUUUGGAAUGACAGGCCAUGUCUCACUCUCCAUCAAGAGUACUAGAGGCUUGUCUCAAGAUGAUGCUGAACUUGAGGUUGACGAAGCUUUGAGCAAAGCUUGGCUUGCACUCAGAUACGCUCACCCUACACUCGCAUCUGAAGUCACUCAGAUCGCUAAAUCAGGAGAUUGGAUCAAGAGUUAUAAAGAACUCCAGGGUGAAGCAGAUAAAGACGCCUGGCUAAAGAAAACUCUUGUGCAUAUCUCCAACGGACAGACUGGGAAUCAGUGGGCUAACUCAGAUCCGCCUGCGCCAAAACUCCCAACCGUGUUUGUUUUACAUCUUCCUGCUGAGCGAGGUGGCGAUGAAUCUGUUACAAUCCGCCGAGACCUCGUCUUUCGUUCUCCGCACGACAUCAUCGACGGCAUUGGAACUCUCAUGAUGCUCAACAACUUCAUAUCCCUCGCGUCAGAAGCUUACGCCAAGGGCAGUACUUAUAAACCCCCAGCUCUGGAUGGCAGUGAGACUUCAAACUUGAGUCCAUCCUACCGAAUCGCAGCUCAAAUUCCCGAAACACCUGAUCCGGCUCAACUGGAUAGACUUAAGCAGAUGGCAGCUCAAAAAGCCGUUGCCGCUUCUGAUCCCAAUGUGGAGAUUCUUGCACUCCCUUAUCGACAAGGCGAUUUGCUUCCCGGCCAUCACCAGCGCUUAGCGCUCACACUCACCAAAGAGGAAACGCAACAGCUACUGAGGGCGUGUAAGAUGGUUGGAGCUACGCCGACGCAUGUCUUCCAUGCAGCAGCAGCUAUCGUCGUGCGAGACCUACAGGAUAAACCGACUCAGAUCAAGAAAGUUCGCUACAUCAACUACAUCCUGCGCAACGAGCGCUCAAGUUGUCAAGAACCAUAUAACACGGCUCAACAUCCAGCAGCUGUCUACCAUUCCGUCUCUGGCCAAAGUCUCGUUGUCGACAUGGAUCUCCACCCAUCUUCCACAAAACCAGACCGCAAGGCGGAAUUUCUCUCCAUUCUUGAAACCGUCAAAGGCUUCUAUCUCACCGUCAAGCAAGACGAGGAAUUCUACGUCCUCGCACCGACGAUGUUCUCCCAAGCUACACCACUGCUACCCUCUGGUCCUCGACCCCUUCCAGUGCCGGAACCAAAUGCUCAUCCGUCUGUAUCGAUCUCGAGUAUGGGGCGUACUGAUUCUAUCGUGGCGCCGGAAACGGGGGCGUUUGAGGCGAGAGAUCCGUGGGUGACGGGUGAAGAGCUCGGGAAUGGGCUGGGUUUGUUUCUUGGUACGUUUCGGGGGGAGUUGUGUUUGAGUGCAGCGUAUAAUAACGCUUGGCAUACGGAGAUGGAUGUGAAAGAGUAUCUCGAGCGUUGUAAAGACGUUGUGUUCUCGGGUCUUGGGAUCGAUAACCCGUGA